AUGUAUUACAACGAUAGUAGUCAUUCUGCCGUUGAUCUCUCUGACGGGUUAGUUCUUUUUGCCUUAAUAUUUUUAUUUUAUUUUAGAUUGUUCAUUAACUUCAAUGAGAGGUUGGGUCAACUGUCUUCAGAGUUGAGGGAUGUUGGGGUUAGACUACGAAGACAUUUACAGUUCUUCUUUAUGAAUCCUCUCGACAAGUAUAGGAUUCGGAGACAAUUUCCUUUCAAACUAGUACUUCAAAUACUUAAAGCUAUAUUUGUAACUACACAGUUGGUGCUUUUCGCAGAGCUCAGAAUUUCCCAUGUUGAUUUUCUAGAUGAAACGGUGACGGUGAUGAGACACAAAUUUCUCAAAGAUUGGGGUCCAGAACGUGAUACAAUUGCAUAUCCACCUGCUGCUGGAAAAUAUUCCGUUUUUACGAGUGACCAAAUUGUUGAACAUUUUGCGCAUAUUAUUAAAGCCUAUUAUUCGAUUCAAAACGACUCUUUUGCUGCAUUUAGCUAUGACACAAUUACACCUCAAAUUGAACAUUGGCAGCCUUUACAUGAUGAUAAUGAAAAUAAUACAAAUUCAACUAAUCUUCAAAAGAGGAUAGUUUUUUCUGCUAUACCUCCACUACAAUUAUGUAUUCAAAGAAUUGCUGAUGUAAUAAUUGAAAAUUCUACCUAUAUUUUUGACAUUUCUGAAGUUAAUGAAUGUUUUACACUAAAUUUUACACACAAUGAAGUUAGAGAUAUAAAAAGCAAUCCUUAUACUGUUCGUAAUUUGUUAGCAAAGCGGAAUAUAACAUUUACAGGAGAAGAUGCUCUUAUCAUUUCUCAAGCUAUUGUUAAAUUUAAUUUGCGUACUAUACACUUUAGUCCUUUACAAAAUGAUCAAAAGCCUGAAUGUUACAAAAUUGAUAUAAAAAUAAUAUUUGACAAUUCUCGACAUACUGGUCAAAUAAAGAUUAAAUUAAAUGCAAAUAUCAGGUUUUUUUAA